UAUAAAUACAUGACGUUACCGAAUGUCUACUCUAGGUGGCGCUGAUCUGGCAGCAAUGUUUCAGUGGGGCUACAACAAGAUGGCGGCGGGGACCUCUAGUGUCCACAGAAGUGACAUACACUCUGCCCGGCGGCUACUGAAGGAGAAGAGCGGACAUGGCGGCGGCGCUCGGUGCACGGGGAUCCCGGCUACUGCUGCCUCUGCUGGGGGCCCGCGCCCUUCACACCUCCCCGGGAAACCCCGCACCCAAAGUGGCGGUGGUUCUGUCCGGUUGCGGUGUUUAUGAUGGAACAGAAAUCCAUGAGGCUUCGGCGAUCCUGGUUCACCUGAGCCGUGCGGGGGCAGAAGUGAAGAUGUUCGCCCCGGAUAUUCCUCAGAUGCACGUGAUAGACCACAGUAAGGGAGAAGCCUCCCAGGAGAGCAGGAACGUUUUGGUGGAGUCGGCUCGGAUCGCUCGCGGUGACAUCACAGCCUUGUCACAGCUGAAAGUUCAGAAUCACGACGCAGUUAUAUUCCCAGGAGGCUUCGGGGCGGCCAAGAACCUAUCGUCCUUCGCAGUCGAUGGUGAAUCCUGUUCUGUCCACGGAGACGUCCAGAGAGUAAUUCAGGAAUUCACAGAGGCCAAGAAACCAAUCGGGUUAUGCUGUAUUGCUCCAGUCUUGGCCGCUAAGGUGAUCCCUGGGGUGGAGGUGACUGUGGGGCAGGAAGACGAACAAGGAGGUAAAUGGCCAUAUGCAGGAACAGCCAAAGCCAUCCAGGCCCUGGGAGGAAAGCAUUGCCCCAAGGAGGUGCACGAGGUUCAUGUGGACCGGACCCGCAAAGUUGUCACCACCCCGGCCUUCAUGGGCCACGUCCCCCUGCACACCAUAUUUGAUGGAAUCGGAUCCAUGGUUUCUACUGUUAUCAAACUGACAGGAAAGUAAUGGCUGCUCCGCUGUGACUCCGCCCACCAUCACCGGACUCCACCUCUUCAGGGGGGGGGGGGAGUGAUCCCGCCCACCAUCCUCACCGGACUCCACCUCUUCAGGGGGGACUGACCCCAUAAUAGCAAUAAAGUCUCCUCCAUCAUC